GAAUGUUGUAGUUUGGGCUGGUACAGCACAUAAGGCGCUAUUUUCCCUUUGUAGGACAGUAUGGUGGUAAUACUUUACUAGGUUACCUCCUUGCAGGACAUGGCACAUAAUGGCCGGAUGUCCACAGCCUGUCCACUCAUGCUCACCGAGACCAGAUGAGACGACAGGACAAUUUCAAGGAGAUUUAUUCGGCCAAGAUGGAUGUCUUUAUGAAGGGUUUGUCUAAAGCGAAAGAGGGGAUGGCUGUGGCCGCGGAGAAGACCAAGGAAGGAGUUGCGGUUGCGGCUGAAAAGACUAGAGAAGGAGUUAUGUUUGUAGGUAACAAGGCCAAAGACAGCGUGGGCACAGUGGCUGAGAAGACCACUGGAGCCUACGGGAACUUUGCCGCUGCCACUGGCCUCGGGAAAAAGGACGAGUUUCCUGCUGACAUGAAUCCUGAGGAGUACGGGCAGGAGGCCAUGGAGGGCCAGGGAGAUGCAAUGCUGCAGCCAGAAGGGGAGACAUAUGAUGAGUCCCAGCAGGAGAGCCAGGACUACGAGCCAGAAGCAUAAAAGCACCAGUCCAAGCCACCAACCAACCAGCAGCACAAUAAUAUUUCUAACAAUAAAAAGGACAAAUGCUGAAACCAUUACAAUUAUACCCUGUUGCAAAAAAACACAACAAAAAGACAAGCAUUCCCACUGAAAAAUGUUCUUCCUUCAAGACAAAUCUUUUAUUAUUAUAUAUUGUAAAUGUCAUGUUAUUAAUGUAAUGUGUUGGGUGUAGGUAUUUAUUGAGAUGUAGGAGUUGUCCUCUCUGUCUCAUUUCCUUGACUCCCUCCCAAUGAAAUGAGACCAGAGCCAGGGCUUGUGACUUUGUGCUUGUGUGUAUUGUAUAUUGUUUGUAUUUAAACAAAUGUGCAAUAGAUGUUCAUCCUCUUCCAAUGAGACAUUGGGAGUGGGAAAAAAUAAAUAUGUCCGGUUGCAAGCAGAUAUGAAAACAAUAAUAUCCUCCUGAGUGUCGACAAUGCCUGUUUGUGGAUUCUUUCCUUUUUUUCUGCAUUUCUCUGGAAAUUUCUUUGAACUUUUUUCAAUUAAGAGUUCUUUUUUUACAUUGUAUCUUUAUAGUUGCUCAUGAAAUCAUUCCAGUAAAUCUGUUAGAAAUUGACAGAGUAUACAUGUUUGUGUGUGUGUGUGUGUGCGUGUGUUUGUGUGUACUGAAGAUUUUAACAAGUUAAAGUCAAUAUAUUAUGUCUUGAAAUCAUAAUGGUUGUCAUAUCAAUAUGUGCUUUAAAUUGCAGGACUUGUCAGUAUAAAGGUUUAUGUGUUAAGCCAAACAUACAUUCCUCUGUAAAUAAAAAGUAAAAAA